ACGCGCGGCGUCCCAAUGGGUGGCCGCAGGGGGCGGAGCCUGAAGAGGGGCGGGGAAAGACGGCGGUGCCGGGUGGGGGUUGCAGAAGGAGCGGUGCGGCCGCUGCUCAAUGGCGGAAAAGCCGCUGGUGCUCUGACCGCCUGGUCCCCCUGGCAGUUGCGGGGGAGUUUCUUGGCGGCGCGGCUGGAGUCUCUGUUUCUCCGCGCGCGGUGGCUGGAAGAUGCUCCAGAGAGACCAGGCUGCGGCGGCGGAGGUGGCGGCGGCCGAGUCGGCAGCGGCGCUGGGGUGGAGAGAAGGCGGCGGCGGCGGCGUGAGGGGCCGAACGGUGUAAACAGCCCGGGCGGCGGCGGAGGCAGGGUCGCGUCUCGGGAGAAAGCCGGGGGCCGCGGGCGGCUGUGCGGCGGGCGAGCCCGCGAGACCUCGCCUCCUCCCUUCGCCUCAGAUUCAUUACUAAACAUGGGUGCAUUUUUGGAUAAACCCAAAACCGAAAAACACAAUGCUCAUGGUGCUGGGAACGGUUUGCGUUAUGGCCUGAGCAGCAUGCAAGGAUGGAGAGUGGAAAUGGAAGAUGCACACACAGCUGUUGUGGGUAUUCCUCACGGCUUGGAAAACUGGUCAUUUUUUGCAGUUUAUGAUGGUCAUGCUGGAUCCCGAGUGGCAAAUUACUGCUCAACGCAUUUAUUGGAACACAUCACUACUAAUGAAGACUUCAGGGCAGCUGGCACAGCAGGCUCUGCUCUUGAGCCCUCAGUGGAAAACGUUAAGACUGGUAUCAGGACUGGCUUUUUGAAAAUUGAUGAAUAUAUGCGUAACUUUUCAGACCUCAGAAAUGGGAUGGACAGGAGUGGUUCAACGGCAGUGGGUGUUCUGAUUUCCCCUACACAUAUCUACUUUAUCAACUGUGGUGACUCACGAGCUGUUCUGUGUAGGGACGGAGAAGUCUGCUUUUCUACCCAGGAUCACAAACCUUGUAAUCCAAUGGAAAAGGAGCGAAUCCAAAAUGCAGGAGGCAGUGUGAUGAUACAGCGUGUGAAUGGUUCAUUAGCAGUGUCUCGUGCUCUGGGGGACUAUGACUACAAGUGUGUUGAUGGCAAGGGCCCAACAGAACAGCUUGUCUCUCCAGAGCCUGAGGUGUAUGAGAUUUUAAGAGCAGAAGAGGAUGAGUUUGUGGUCCUGGCUUGUGAUGGGAUCUGGGAUGUGAUGAGUAAUGAGGAGCUCUGUGAAUUUGUUAAGUCCAGGCUUGAGGUGUCUCAGGACCUCGAGAAUGUAUGCAAUUGGGUAGUGGACACUUGUUUACAUAAGGGAAGUCGAGAUAACAUGAGUAUUGUAUUAGUUUGCUUUUCAAAUGCCCCCAAGGUCUCAGAUGAAGCAGUGAAGAAAGAUUCAGAGUUGGAUAAGUACUUGGAAUCACGGGUUGAAGAAAUUAUGGAGAAGCCUGGGGAGGAAGGAAUGCCUGAUCUUGCCCAUGUCAUUCGAGUUUUAUCUGCAGAAAAUAUCCCAAACUUACCUCCUGGGGGAGGGCUCGCCGGCAAGCGCAAUGUUAUUGAAGCUGUUUAUAGUAGACUGAAUCCACACAGGGACAGUGAUGGGGGCGCUGGAGAUCUAGAAGACUCAUGAUAGCCUUAUAACCCUUCUAAAAUGCUUUUGAAACUUUUAAUCACAUUUUCUUCAAUACAAGGGGAAAUAUACUUGUGGAUUCCCACUGUUUUGGAUAUGAGCAGAAAACCAUUAGCAUUUACCAUCCUUUGUUCACAUUUGUAUUUCCCAAUUAUCGCCACUCAUAGCAUUGCCUCUACUCUACAGUGUUUGGGUUCUUUUGUUUAUUUUGUUUUCCUUUUUUGUUUGUUUGUUUUUAUUUUUGUUUUAACCAACCUCAGGCAUCUUGUUACAACUGUAUUGAAUUUUUGGCCCUAGGAAAAAAUGGAAUUAUUUUACCACAAACCAACAAAUGUGCCUGAGGUCCAUGGGAAUAUAGUUAGCCAUACUCUGAAGAUACAUUAUGGGUUUUUUUGUUUGUUUUUCUUUUUAAACAAAACAAAAUACAACAUAUAAGCAUGUAAGAAUAAAGAAUUGUAAGAAAAGUUCCAGUUUUUCAGUUCACUAAGUUGGAAGCCUUUUGUAGUUCUGUGGCUUGGAAUUUCAUUUGAGCAAUUACUAUAGGAUAUGUAUUUAUUAUUAAUUGUUAUUUAAACUUUUUCCAAUUUCCUUGUACUACCAAACUGGGUUCUCCAAUAACGUUCACUUUGUAACAUUGUCUUGCUUCAAGAUGGUGUUUGGCAAUAAUAUAAACCCUUACAAAUUUUACGCAUGUGUCUACUACAUCCUUCAUCUCUUACUAGGAAAUUUUUUGAAACCAAAUGAAUUAAUUUAUGGCUAUUUAUAAUUUGCUUUGUCAUCUUACUGCUUUGAAUUCUUUUAAUUGAUAAUAUUUGCCUUUAUAAUGUAAAUUGUGAUUUUAUUUUUGUUUUAUGUAUGUGUCUCUAUAGUUUUAAUUUUUAAGAUACAAGUUUUAUGUAAUGUGGUAUAAUUUUUAACUGUUUAUGUUAUUUUAAAAGCUCAGAAUAUCACAUUGAAAUACUAUAAAUACAAUUAAAAGUAUCUAUUUUAGAUCUAAGGAAAUGUACAGAGAUAUUUUCAUGGGUUCAGUAUAAGCGUUCAUUUUAUAACACUGGGCACGGUACGGGGUGGCUGUCACAUAAGGUACUUAAAUUUUUACAAUAAUUUUGAAUUCUAGGGAUUUUUAUCCCCUUCGUUUUGCUGAACAUGAAGAGUAAAAUACCAAAAAAAAAAAAAAAAAAGUUAGUGGACUUUGCAAAAGUAAUGAAUGUAUCCAUUUGUACAUGGUUUACAUGUUGUAGAUGCUUUGCAAGCAUUUUCCUCUCUGUUUUAAUUGUGUUUCAGCAGGUUGUAGUUGCCUUUAUGUGUAGUUAAAAUGAGCCAUCAUCCGGUCCUGUGUGAGAUGGAAUUCAUGGUAUUUCUGUAUCAUUUUCCUGAAGCUGUUUCUAGGAGCCACACAUUUGAAUACAGAUGGCUUUCCUGAUCACUUGGUUUCUUGUGCACCUGAGUUUUGCUCUGAAAGGAAUUACUGCCAUGAUAUAUUUUAUUUAUUCUUUAGAUUUUAGCCUUGUAAGUUAAAGUGCUUUACUUGAUGGUAUUAAAAGCUACUUGUCCCUUUACUGGUUUUUUUGGGGGAUUGUUAAAAGAUGGGGAAUGAAGAAUGCAAAAUGGUUUAUUGUUUAACCUGUCCACUCUGAUCUGACCCUGUACUGAUAGUACCUUUCCAGUAUGGUAUUGUGAUGUUUCAUAAGUGAACAUAACCAACUUGUUACCUAAAUAAAGAAUCAAUUUUAAAACAA